AUGGGGUGCGGUGAAUUUCUCGUCAAAUAUAUUUUGUUCUUCGCCAAUUUGGUGUUUGCGCUAGCUGGUCUAACGCUAUUGGGGCUGGGUGUUGCAGUCGAACUUCAAAUCACGUCGAUUACGAACCUAACAAAUGAAAACUUCCAAGUGGCCCCCAUCACUGCCAUGGUGGUGGGUGGCGUUGUGUUCUUGAUUGCAUUCUUCGGAUGCUGCGGUGCCAUAAGGGAAAGCAAUUGUAUGCUUGUUACUUACUCUGUCUUCAUGCUGAUCCUGAUGGUCGUCAAAUUGACACUGGCAAUCUUGAUAUUCGUCAAGCUAGACGAUAUUGUGAAACAGAUACCGGACAUGCUCAACGAUGCCUUUACCAGGGACCGCCAGAGUUUCCAAGAAAUUCAAAGAACGUUCAGUUGCUGCGGCCCAAGAGGCUAUAUGUCCUAUAUGAGCCCCAUUUUACCUGAUAGCUGCUGCGAGGCACCACCAUGCCUACCGACAAAUGCCUUCAGCGGAUGUAACCAAAUAGUUCAAGAUUUCUUCUCCUCCUUUGGUCUGGCAAUUGGGGUGGUAGCCAUCGUAGUCGUUGCAAUCGAGUUGGUCGCUGCAGUAUUCGGUCUUUGUCUCGCGACUCACGCUCGCAACAAGGACAGACGAACGCGCUACUAA